AAGGUAAUCAAAGUACUGAUCUAAAAUGGGUAAAAAAAUAAAAAAAGAUGAAAAAGGAGGAUCAAAUGAUGUUUUUGAUACACUGCUGGUUGAGAGUCGACAGGCUGCUACUGUGGUAUUGAUGCUUUCUAGUCCAGAAGAAGAUGUCCAGUCUAAAGCAUGCGAGGCUAUCUACAAAUUUGUAGACAAAUGUGAUGAAAACAAAAAAAUGCUACUUGACCUUGGUACAAUUGACCCUUUGCUUACCCUGAUAGAAGGUCAUGAUAGAACAGUCAGGCGACAUGCAAUUAUGGCCUUGGGCGUAAUGUGUGCUCAUCCUGAUGUUCGCAAAGCUUUGCGGAAAAGACCGAAUUCCACUUAUGCUUUUGUUUGUUUAUUAAGUCCUGAAGAAGAUUCUGUUAUUCAUGAGUUUGCUGCCCUUGCUUUAUCAUUAAUGGCAACCGAGUUUACCAGUAAAGUAGCCAUACAAACAGCCAAUGGGAUGGAGCCUCUCAUAAGACUGUUGGGUUCAACUGAUCCUGAUGUACAGAAAAAUUCAAUUGAAGCUAUUGCACAGAUGGUUAUGGACUACAAAGCAAGAGCUAGUGUGAGAGAGUAUGGUGGGUUGUCACCUAUCUUAGAACUGAUCAAAUCAGAAUACGCUAUCAUUCAAAGGCUGGCUCUGCUCUCCUUGGACAGACUCACACAAGAUGGUGAAAACAGAAGAACUCUAAGAGAAAUUGAUGCCAUUUCAAAACUUCUUGACAUCCUCGCUCAACCAACCCUGAAUGACCUACAUGUCAUGGUGGUCAUGGUGUUGUCUAACCUGCUUGAGGACCCAGAGAGCCUAGAGCUGGUGCGAGACAAUGGGGGACUCAAACGUUUUAUCUGUCUGAUCACUGAUGCUUUACCCCCUGAAGAUGAAACAAAGAGAGAUAGUAAAAAAUCUGCUGUUAAGGCUCCUAAGAAGAGUGCUAAAGAUUCUAAAGGUAAGAAGGAGGAUGAUGCUAAAGAUGAUGCCACAAUGGGAGGCGACUCCAUCAUCCCCACUUUACCUGAUGUUAAAGUCUGCGCUGCAAGAGCUAUUGCUAGAUCAGCUAGAAAUGCUGAGAACCGUAAGUUAUUGCAUGACCAAGAGGCAGAGAAGAUGUUGAUCUCCCUCCUCUCUCAUGACUCGCAGGACGUGCAAGCAUCUGCGGCUCUGGCCAUCGCUGUGAUAGCUGAGCACCUGAGUUCUAGGGACUCCAUCAAGGAGUGGGGUGGACUUCCCCCCUUGGUGAAGCUACUAGAUUCAGAAAAUGGAGACGUAAAGGAGGCGGUUACAUUAGCAUUGGCCAACUUGACAACAGCAAAUAAUAAAAAUUGCAUUGAAAUAAGUCGACUGGGGGGAAUAGAUGGGCUGUUGUCCUGUCUAGGGGAGGUAAGAGAGGAAGUGAUUGCUAACGCUGCCUGUACCCUGACAAACAUGGCUCAGGACGAGGGACUGAGGACUGAGGCACAAUCCAGAGGAGUCAUCCCUGCACUCAUUCACCCCUUGACCUCUCACAACACAAAUGUACAGAGCAAAGUUGCGCUGGCUGUGUCUGCCUUUACCUGCGAUGCUGAUUCAAGAGAUGAGUUUCGAGAGUCUGGUGGUCUAGAACCACUGGUCCUUCUACUCCACUCUGGCAAUGAUGAGGUGAGAAGAAAUGCUGCCUGGGCUAUAACAGUGUGUGGGGUGGAUGAACCAACGGCCACGGAGAUCUGUAAACUUGGUGGACUCCACAUUUUGCAAGAUAUUCAAACCUCAGCCUCCAGACACAACCCAUUUAUUGAGGCCGCCCUGCAGAGGUUACUAGACAGCAACUUAUCUGCCAAAUUUUCUUUAUACAAUCAUUUAGGUCCUGGAAACUUAAUAGAAGAUGGAUUCUUUGACUGUGGCAAGCUAAAGCAAGGGACACCAUUCAAAACUCUAGAAGAAUAUUGCGCACAGGAAAUGAAUGACAAGAGACCUGUUUUAUUAGUAAAUGCUAAAUGGGCACACGUUGAUGAAAAUCCUGAACCCAUUGCGACCCCAUUGGCUGCCAAUAAAAGUGAUACCGACACACCUAAAACUGAGUCCCUAAAGGGAGUGAAAGAAUCAACUACUAAAGCUACUAGAUCUUCUAAAGAGCCUAGAUUCAAAAGUGGGAGAAAUUCCAGAUCAUCAACCCGUGAAUCCCCUGAUCCGAAGAAAGGGAGAAAGGGCCAAAAAGAUAAAGAUAAGGAAGAGAAAGCAAAAGAUGAAGAGAACGAGCCACAGAAGGAUGCAGAAGUUGUUGCUGAGCCGACACCAUUUGUACCCCCGCCUGACUCUUUUCUCUUCAAAUACAUUGAAGAUGUAGUGGAGAAAAUUUUGCCUCUUCCAGAUACCAAAUCUCAAGUCAUUGCAUUAGCAGAGUAUGUCUCUAACAAAAUGGGAGGGAAGAUUGCCCACGGGGAGGUGGCCAACUUUAGCUGGGAACUUCCCAUGAACCAGCUGCGCUACCAGCUCAAGUCUAAUGUCAUCCCCAUUGGUCACAUCAAGGCUGGCAUCCACAUCCACAGGGCUCUACUCUUCAAGACUCUGGCUGACCGCAUAGCUCUGCCUUGCUCUCUGACCAGAGGUGAAUACAACCGUGCUUGGAAUGAUGUCCUUCUGCCUGACGAUGAUGAGGAUCCUGUUGCCCCCAAAUUUCCCCCCAAGAGAUACAUCGUUGACCUGGUGCAUGAGCCAGGAACACUGCUCACCCCAGACACACAGGCAGCUGUCAGCUACAUGAAACUUUAGACCUCAGUUAUCCUGACAGUAUUAUUUCAAUUACCCAUGUUACAAUGUUCUCGUUUAUUUAUUUUAAUACAUGAAAUGCCAUGAAAUUGAAAUUGCAAGAGUAUUUAAAGAAACAUAUAAAAUUAGAAAUCACUAUCAUUACUGAUAAUUAAAGGUAAUUUUAAAAUUAUCAAUUUUAUCCAUUAGAUCUCAAUGAAAGUUUGAUUUACAUCAAUAUUUUUGUUUCACAAUCUAACAUACAGGUGUGUUACUACAGUUUAUAAAUGUAAUAUUAAAUUAUAACAAAGUAGUAAGAAUGUUUUUCAUACUAUAUAGAUUUUUCAAAUUUUCAAAAAACAUUAAAUUGUCUUUAAAUUUGGGUUUAGUCCAUUUUUAAACUUGUGUUUUUACUUUGUAUAUUAGUCAUAUUUUUUUUAAAUGUGUGUUUUUGAGUAUAUACAUAUAAGAUUAAAGUUAAGGUAAAAAAAAAACUUAUUUAAAAAAAAAACAAUAUAUAUGUAUUUAUUUGGAGAUACUAUUUACUGAAAUUAAAUGUAAAUUGAUAUUAUAAAAAAAUCCUUGUGUUGUAUUGUUGUUGUCCAUAAUCUAAAU